CAAUGUCACCGCGGUCGGACGGUGCCGGCCAGGACAGCGCAGACUCCAGCGGCAACGAGUCCCCCGGACACGACGAUGCUGCGCGGGGCGGCUUAGAGCGCUACCAGGAGGCACCGGGGCCGGGCGCGGCGGCUCGCGUUCUGCCCCACCUCAUCUCCGCGAGCAUGGUGUCGCCCCCGUAUCCCGGUGUAAUGUACCAGACGUCCCAGGGCAUGGUGUACGCGUCGCCUUCAGGCCUCCCGAACGGGGUCAUCUUCAGCCUAAGCAGUCAGGGACAGCUUCACCACGAGUCGGGUGGAUCAAGUCAGCAUCCAUCAGGUCAUCAGUUCCUCAUCCCUUUACAUAUACCACUGUCAGCAGCUGCUAACGGGUUGCCGAGUGAAGCAGCAGACCUCUCCAAAUCGAGAAAAUGAUGCUGGUUGAAUCACUUGGUAAAAUGUAUUUCAGGGUGCAUUAUUCAAUGAUGAGAGUUAUGUUUUGUGGAGUGAUUUCAGGAAAAUGCAAAAGGUGUGAAUAUAAGUAACUGUAGAGAGCUGCUAUACAGUGAUGUAACUGAGUAGACAUUAUGGAAAGAGACUGGAUUUUCUUUCUCUUCGUUCCCCUUACAUUGUCAUUUUUUAUGUAUGGAUCU